AUGGGUCGAGUUCGCACCAAGACUACCAAGCGUGCUUCGCGCGUGCUCAUCGAGAAGUACUACCCCCGUCUCUCGAACGUCGACUUCCACCAGAACAAGCGCGUCAUCGAUGAGGUCGCCAUCAUCCCCUCGAAGCGUCUCCGCAACAAGAUCGCUGGCUUCACCACCCACCUCAUGAAGCGUAUCCAGCGCGGUCCCGUUCGCGGCAUCUCGUUCAAGCUGCAGGAGGAGGAGCGUGAGCGCAAGGACCAGUACGUCCCCGAGGUCUCGGCCCUUGACACCUCGGCUCCUGGCAGCCUCGAGGUUGACCCCGACACCAAGGACAUGCUCCGCUCGUUCGGCUUCGACAGCUUGCCCGUCACCGUCACUGCCCCCGUCACUGCCUACCAGGCUCCCGAGCGCCGUGGCCGCCACGUCCCCGGUGCCGGCCGCCGAUAA